CCUAGGAAAUCCUUUGUUUUUCUAAAAUGUGGAAUAAAGAAAAUCUCUCAUAAAACCUCGGCUUCUCCCCUAGAAGUGAAAAACCGAAUCACUGGUCCAAAGUUUCCAGUAAUUCACGUGUUGGUGUCGGGGGAAGAAGAAGGCAGGUGAGAAACAAAAGAUAUAAAAAAUAAGAAGAUAAAGAAUUUCUAGCACUGCAAAUGGAGAUGAAUAUUAUUCAUAAUUCAUUACUUCUCCUCUUCAUCGUCCUCACCUUUGUUUUAACAUUUACGAAUUCUCAUAGAGAUACAGCUUAUUAUGAUGAUUAUAUGAAGAAAAGGGCUAAAGAUGCUUUGGAGGAUUCGUUCAAGGCGUAUAACCCUAAUCCUGAGGAACUCACCGAUCAAUUUAAUGGACAAGUUGGGGAGGUAUUGAUACAUGGAAAUGUCACAAGGAGGCACCUAAAAGAAGGUGACUGCAAGGCAACAAAUCCCAUUGAUAGAUGCUGGAGGUGCGAUCCUAACUGGGCUAGAAACAGAAAAAGGCUAGCAGAUUGCGCUCAGGGUUUCGGCCGCCACACGACCGGUGGGAGAGAUGGGCUUUAUUAUGUUGUCAACAAUCCUUCGGACGACGAUAUGCAGAACCCUAAACCUGGUACCCUUCGCCAUGCAGUGAUUCAAGAUGUGCCAUUAUGGAUAAUCUUUAAACACAGUAUGGUUAUCAGACUCCAACAAGAACUCAUUUUCACUAGUAACAAGACAAUUGACGGUAGAGGAGUAGAAGUCCAUAUUGCCCAUGGGGCUGGAAUUACUCUCCAAUUUGUGAAGAAUAUUAUAAUCCACAAUAUUAAAAUUCAUCAUAUUGUUCCUGCACCUGGUGGCUUAAUCAGGGAUUCAGCUGAUCAUUUUGGGCUUCGGGCAAGAAGUGAUGGAGAUGGGAUUUCCGUGUUUGGAGCAAGCAAUAUUUGGAUUGACCAUGUUUCUUUGUCAAAGUGUACUGAUGGCCUCAUUGAUGCUAUCAUGGCUUCAACAGCUAUUACUAUCUCCAAUUGCAAAUUCAAUAAUCAUGAUGAUGUAAUGCUGUUAGGCGCAAAUGAUGAACACGGUAGAGAUGUAAUCAUGCAGACUACAGUUGCAUUUAAUCGUUUUGGAAAGGGUUUGAUUCAAAGGAUGCCGAGGUGUCGAUGGGGGUUCUUCCAUAUCGUCAAUAAUGACUAUUCUCAGUGGCAAAUGUACGCCAUUGGCGGCAGCUCCCAUCCCACCAUUAUCAGCCAAGGCAACAGAUUCAGGGCCUCAAAUCAUCCUUUCACCAAGCAGGUGACAAAGAGGCAAGAAGCUGAGGAGAGUGAGUGGAUGAAAUGGCAAUGGAGAUCGGAGGGAGACAAGUUUCUAAAUGGAGCCUACUUUGUUGAGUCAGGGCCACCAAUUAAGCACACGAUAAUGUAUCCACUGAAUUUGAAACAUAAGAAUAUGAUGAAAUUCAGGCCGGGAUCAUAUGCUGGCCGGCUCACACGAUACGCCGGUGCAAUCAACUGCAAAGUUGGCGAACUCUGUUGAAAUUAUUUAAUUUAUUUUGAACAUCUUUAUGCAGUGUAACAGCUGUCAAUAUUAUAAAAUGAGGAAGGAAGAGGAAGAAGAAUAAGAGAAAUAUAUUACCAUUUUUUU